UCUUGGGAGUGAUCUUCUGCUCUGAAACACUGUGAGAUACAGCCGCAUCUGCUGCAGCCUCUGACAGUGUGAUGAGGAUGAGUCAGCACCAUCUUGCUUAGAAAUGAAUCCCCGCGUGCAGCAAGGCACCAUUGCAUUGUGCAUCCACCAUAUCCACCUGGUGUGGGCUGAGGUGAGCAGCCAGGCCCUGCAGGAGCACCCUGCAGCCGAGCAAUGCAUUGCUGCCAUUCCUCUACAGGCUAGAGGACCUACGCAGGAUUCCUCUCCAUGCUGGACUUGUGGCAGCAAGAAUUGAUGUCUUUUCUUGCAGUUUGCACGGCUGGUGGGUCUCCCCCUGCCCAGGGAGCUGUGCAGCUCCUCCUGUUUUCAUUUGCUUUCUGGAUCUGCUUCCCUUGAGGCAGUUUCGUUGUAAAGGAAACGGUGGUGCCGCUGGUGGGGGCUGCCCCGUGCGGAGGGACAGUCAUGCUUCCUCAUGAGCUGCUGGUUUUGUGGAUGAUGGUGACAUGACUGAUGCAGUGGGUGGAUGUCUGGGAUGGGCAUCAUAAAUAGGACCCGUGGGAGAUGCCUCUCAGUGUUCUUCCAGGACAGAGGUACUCCGAGGAAGGGUGAGAAGCUCUGGUUUCACGCAGCCAAUAUCUCCCACGUUUGCUCCCAGGUAAGCCUGGAGGAAGGAGAAUGGUUUCUCCAGAUACUGCUUGAAUCCUUUUUGCUUUAGGCCAUGGACUAAUUUCACUUCUGUCAUUUCUGUGCUGAGCGAGGGAGGAGAUUCCCCCAGGGAGAGGGGGAGAGGGAGAAGUCCCUGCUGAGGCCAAAGGGGGACCUGCAGCAGGCCUGAGGUUGGAGCAGCCCCCUGGGUGAGCUCCAGGGAACGAGGAGCUCUUCUGGAAGGACUACAGAGGAGUAAAGGACUCAGUGCUGGGUCCUCCUGACUCUAGGUGAACAACAGGAAGGAUGAGAGGUCUUGGGUUUGUUACAAAAGUGGGAAUGAUGGAUAUCAGAAAGGAGAUAGAGCUGCCUUGGAUGGAUGGGUGGCAGAGCUGGCAGUCUGCCUUGGAGCUCCCAGCUAACAGCAGCAGCAGUGCCCUGACAUUGGAUUGGCAACCCCAAUUCCUCCACAGGAGCAGGGCUGUGAUGCAGCUCUUCCCAUGGAAACAACCACGCAGCACCCCAUGGGUUCUGCUUCUGCAAAGCCAGAGCCGCCGCCUCCUCUCUUUUCCAUGCAGGUUGGUAAUGUGUGUAGGGAGAUGCAGCCGCAUCGUGGGCCCCUGCUUGCUGGUGCUGGGCAUGCUCUCCGUGGUGGCCAGCAUCCUGCUGCUCUUCCCUGGUGGGUCCUGGCAGUACCUGGUGGAUGGGCACAUCAGCAGGAGGGCAAAGAUCAUGCCAGGCACCUGGGGAGGCGGCGUCAUGGUGCUGCUGGCAGCUAUCCACAUCACCGCUGUGGGAUGGCGAUGCGCCUGCUGCUCCGACUGCGGCACCCGUCGGAACGCCUUCCUCUCUGUUGUCCUCUCCAAGCUGGCUCUCCUGGGCUCUGCCGCCUGCUUCUUCUUCUCGGGGCUGGGUCUGACUGAUGGCCCUCUCUGCCUCUACAACACCACUGAGCUCAGCAAUGGCCUUAUCUGGGACUACCCCUUCGUGGACACCCCUAGCAACAGGGCCUUGGAGAAUUUCUACCUGUUCUACCCGAGCACCUGGGGCACCUGCCUGGAGCCGGUGGGCAUCGUGGCAUGGCACGUCACCUUCUUCUCCCUCCUGCUGCUCAUCAGUGCUGCCGAGAUGGUGCUAACCUUCCUCCAGAUCAUCAACGGCUGCGCCGGGUGCCUCUGCGGCUUCUGUGAGAGGAAGGAGGCAGGGCUCUCCCGUGUGCCUGGGGUGAGGUGAGACCAUGUUUCCCAGCUGUGGCCUCUGGGGAGACCACUCCUGCUCACUCCAUGUCUUCCAUUCCGCGACACACCUGAGCCACGUAUGUAAAUAAAAGCCUGGUUUAUUUUUGUUAA